AUGGAUCCAAGGAAUCCUGAUAUGGAUUCAACGAAUCCAUAUAGCCAAUAUCGUAGUUAUGUAGGGCUUCUUAAUAGUCAAGGAGAAAAUAACAUUCCCCAUCAAAACUUUCGAUAUGAAAGUACUCCCUCUAGUGUGAACUUUGGAGAACCCGAUAUCCCUCCUUUCAGCUCCCAACAAUCUCAGGCUCCAGCUGUGAGUGAAGACACACCCGCGGGCCGUCGGGAGAGAAAGAAGUGGACCCCUGCGGAUGAUGAGGUACUAAUAAGCGCCUGGCUGAACACGUCUAAAGACGCCGUUGUUGGAAACGACCAGAAGUUUGGCACCUUCUGGAAACGAGUAGAAGCUUACUACGCAGCAAGUCCUCAUGCGUUAGAGGGUCGCGGUGGGAGCUCUCAUAACAAUUGUAAGCAGAGGUGGUCAAAGAUCAAUGACCAGACGAACAAGUUCUGCGGAGCAUACGCUGCUGCAGAGAGACAAAUCACCAGCGGCCAGAAUGACAACGACGUCCUAAAGGUGGCUCAUGACAUCUACUACUCGGACCAGAAAUCAAAGUUUACCUUAGAGCAUGCUUGGUGUAUCUUGAGGCAUGAACAAAAGUGGUUAAGCCUCAACAGUCCUAAGACUACUGCUUCUGGUAAGAGAAAAACAACUGAGCUGAGAUUGAUGCGGCGCGAUGUCACUACCCACCGCAGCCUGAAGUUGAGUUUGGCUUCCCGAAGGAAUGUUACUGCGGUGGCGACCCUCUCCUAG